AGGAUAAUGUCACGUUUGCAUUCUGAUGCAGAAAGUGAAAUUGAAGUUAAUGUGUUAUAUAACACAUAUAAACUGGAACAAAUAGAGACAGAAAACAGGUCUCCUCAGCCUAUUGUUGGAAUGAGAGUGCUUAUUGAAGUUUUGACAGAAAUUUUUCCACAUGUUAAACGUGUAAGAAAGAGAGGACAUAGUGGUAAAUGGUUGACAUUAUAUAGAGGAGUUUCUCUAAAGCCAAUGGCACCAAUUAAAUCAACUGAAUAUUCUCUUGAAGAUAUUGUGAAGCAAAUACCUCACAUAUACACUAUAAAUAAGGCAACAGAUAAAAUUGUGUCAUGUCAUAUAGAAAGCAACUGUAUUGCCAAUGGAAAUAAAGUGAUUAAAACAGUAUCAUUCCAUGACAAUGGCACCUGGGAACUUAAUGUUUUUGGCAGGAUUGUUGAUUUGAGUAAGAUUGACAUUGACAAUACAUUUGAAUAUUGUGAAUCAAGUAUAAAUGGUGUAUGUUCUUUAGUGCAGAACCUUCAUAUUUGUGAAGGAAUAAUACACAAGCAAUCUAUUUUAAUGAGUAGGUUUCACACAAUGGACAAAUUUCAGGUCUCUGAAUCAAAACCUGCAGUAAGAACAAUUAGAUCUGUAACCUGUAAUGGCGUUGUUGGAUUUGCUUCACAAAGCAAGACAUGUAGAACUUGUAGAACAAUGACAUUUUCAACCCCAGACAAAGAAAAUAAAAGUCCAUGUUCAGGCCAAAGCAAUGAUGUUAAUGAUGAUAAAGUUACAAGAAUUAAACACCUGUUAAAACAUGCAAAUCCUGAAUUAGUAAGCUUAUUUUUAGAACAAUCAGACAAUAUUUCAAGAGACCCAAGAGGCAGGCGGUGGUCGAAAUCAUUUAUAGGGACAUGCCUACAGAUUUAUAAUAGAAGUCCACACAGUUAUGAACUACUGUUGUCUUCAAAGAUUCUCAUUCUUCCAUCAGCAUCCACACUAGUUUUAUACAAAAGUAAACUGAAACAAGAUCCCGGUUUUGAUCAUACAAUGUUUGAAUGGAUGUUCGAAGAAGCAAAAAGAAAAGGAAUCCCUGACGAAGGAAUGGUGGGAGGACUCAUAUUUGACGAGAUGUCAAUUCAAUCUGACAUACAAAUUUCAAAAAAUGGUGAUGUUGUUGAGUUAGUGGGUUUCACUGACUUGGGUGUGGAAGGGGACAAGUGUAACAUCCUCAGAAAAGGAAAUGUAGACAAUACUUUAGGGACUCAUAUACUGCAAAUGCUGUUUCUGGGAGUAACUGGGUUCCGCUUUCCUUUUGCUCAUUUUGUAAGUGAUGGGGUCCAGGCAUCUGAGUUAUAUAGCAUUUUUUGGAAAGCAGUGCAACAUCUUUGGACAUAUGGUUUUCAUGUAAUUUACACAUGUAUGGAUGGUGCAGUUUGUAACCGCUCUUUUAUGCAUUUGUGUGUUGGUGACAACUCUAACUUAAAUUAUAAAUUUACAUCAAAAAGUCCAACGACAUCUCAAACAGUAAUCUUCACCAUGGAUAUUUCACAUGUUUUGAAAAAAAUCAGAAAUAAUAUUUUGAAGAGUGGAAUAAGUCAAACUGGUACCAAGCAAAAAUUCACUCGUAAUCUAACUUUAAUAAAUGGUUCUACUAUACAAUGGAAUAUGUUUGUAGACUGCUAUAGAUGGGAUACACAGAAUAGCUUGCAAUUACAUAGAAAACUUUCUAAUGAACACAUGUUCCCAGAUAAUCAGCAGAAAAUGAGGAACCACCUUGCAGAGGAAGUGCUCAAUUCCGAAAUGCUUAAUUUAUUUACUAGGUAUAAGAACACACUAGGUGAAAAGGGAGAAAUAUUUGAUGGUGCAAUUAAACUUCUAGAGAAAACAUCCCAACUCAUCUCAAUAUUUCGCGAUUUUAAACCAAUAACAACUAUUAAUGAUCCCAGACUUGUGACACUAAAUGAAAUAAGUGUAUGGUUUUUAGAAUGGGAAAAAUUUGGAAAUGAAAAAGAAAAUAAACCUAAAAAAGUGUUGAUGUCUCAACAAUGUCACGAAGACAUACAAGCCUGUAUCCAAGGCUUUGUGCUAUUAUGUCGCACAGUACUGAAACGAUCAAGCAACAUCCAUAUUACCCCAGCUUUAAUCAACUCUGACGUAAUAGAAAAUAUCUUUAAUCAACAACGUUCAACUUACAAUGGUGCAAAUAGUAACCCCAAUGCUCUGCAAUACAGAAGAACCAUCAAUAGUAUACUGACAGGUCAAAAUGUUGUAUCCAGGAAAUCAAAUGCAGGACAUUCGAGUGUGACUGAAGUCCCCUUCACUGUGCAGCUUAAGAAAAAUAAUAGGAAAAAAACACCAGCUACGGCCAGCAGCAGUAGUUCAAACUUCAAAGUUAUAAGAGUAUAAAGGUAAGCGGAUUUCGUGAUUUUGUAAUAGGAACACAAAAACUUAAUUUCAUACAGUAUAACCUGUGUUAGGAAGCCAGUCAAGGGAGUCACAAAAAUUGGC